UACUCGUGAAGUCUCCGCGACGGCAGUGGUGGUGGUAGCGGUGCAGAGAGUGGCUCCUGGUUGAGUGUGCGAGCGGAAGGCGCAGUAGGGCGAGAGCCGUGCCGUUUCCUUAAUUGUCAGCUUAAUUGCCGGAAGUUUGCUGCAGCGUUACGGGCCGCGCCAUAUUCGCCCUCCGUGGUGAUUAUUAUCUCCAUCAAAAUGAUUCCCAAGCUUUGCCUGCUAAUCCUGGGCGUGCUGCUUGUCGGAUUUAUUUGUGAUAUUGAAGCAAGAAAACCUCUGGAUGAGACCUCCAACGAUGACCCCAGCGACGCAGAGAACCAGGAACCAGCUGCUUCCAAACUAUUGAGGAGGUCAAGCCGGUAUCGAGAAGUUCGUAAACUAACCAAACCACUGGAUACGUUACUUACCGACAAAACUGGGGAAGAGUUCACAAAACUAUACGGCGCAGUGAGAAUAAUUGUUGACAACCUACUAGAAGAAUGGAAAAAGCCCGAGCCCGAACCUGAACCCGAACCGCCCGCGGAAGUCGACGAGAAAGACGACGAACCGGAACCACCACCUCAUCCCGUUCGGCACGGUAAGAAACCGGCGGCUGCCGCUCCGGCGGAGGACGACGAUGACGAUGACAAGGACGCGAAGAAGCCGGCUGCGAAGAAGGAUAAGGAUGAUGACGACGACGAUGACGACAAGACCCAGGUGAAGGACGACGACGACGGUGACGAGGACAACGGCGAUAAAGGUGACGAUGAGGAUGAAGAGGACGAAGCCGUGCCGGAACGAGACUACGAUGUCGGCGAGAUCUUCCACUUGAAUGAAGACAACACGGAGGUGCGCCGGCGUAAGGAGCUGCUGACGAACAUCGCCCUGGAGCGCCUGCACCAGAUUGUGGAUAACCAGAUUGCGCCCAUUGAGAAGCUGUAUAAGUAUGAGCAGCUGUCGCGUUCCACCUUCGGCGAAGCUGAAAUUUUUGCCAAGCCGUUGGUGCUGCUAAUGGAGCCGUACAAGCGUGGAAAAUCAUCGAUUCUGCCGAUAUUGCUUGGAAAGGAGGAAACGGCCGAUGAUGACGACGAUGAAGAGGAACUGGAGAACACCGACUUUGUUAUCCACUCGUACGCGGCCAAACCGCGCACCCUGGAGGGUAUCCAGGUACUCCGCAACGAGACCUUCGAGUCGCUUCAGCGUUUCGGCAAAGCCCUGGCCUCCCACCUCAAAGCUGUGGAGGCGCCACACUCCAUCCUGGAGCGCAUCUCCAUUGUGGAGACCCCGGAUCUCAUCGAGAACAGCAAACUGGACCGGGAGUUUCCCAUGGGCAAGGUGCACCAGUGGUUCGUAGCCCGCGCGGACGCCGUCAUCCUGGUGGUGGAGCCGGACCGACUGGAUGUCGGCCCCACUCUGGAGGCGGUCUUUAAAGAGCUGAAGGAUCAGGAGGAUCUGCUGUUUGUCCUGGUGGAAAGCGGGCAUAAAUCCAACUUGGAUGACAGCAUCCGGGCGUUGCGCCGGUUAGUGUGGAGCUUUGCCCCGCAUUUCGACGUGAACGAAGCACCCAAGGUCUAUUUGACCAGUUUUGAGAAGGAGCUGGAUGCAGAUACCGGCGCGGUGUACAUUAAGCAGGAGAAGCACUUCUUGCAUGAUCUCAAUAAGAUUCUGGAUCAAAGGUUCAAGAACCGGCUGAAUACGGUGUUCGAGCGGGCGGUGGAUGUGCGGAAUCAUGCGCAUCUCGUGGAUAAAUACGUCGAGACCUAUACGCAGAAGAAGUCCUUCUUCGGAAGCAACAAGGCACUGGAAAAUGAUCUGAUGGGAUUUCCUAGCAAAUUCGCCAUUUAUGAAUCGGUUCUGCGCAAGACCAACGCCAGUGCUGAUGAUCUGCCGGAUCCGGAAGAAUAUAAGGAAUUUUUCGGCAUCAACAAACUGAGUACCUUCAAAACCCUGGCGGCAUCGUGCUCUUUCCUCAAAGGGUGUCCCGCGGACAAACUGAACUAUGCCAUCCACUUUGAUCUGCCGGAACUGCUGGAGAAAUUCCAGCAGCGCCUGCCUUUGUGCCUGUCGGAAGCCAUUGAAUGUGUGCUGGAAGAGAAAAAGUACGUUCCGGAAAAGAAAAAGAAGAAAGCUCACUAAAAAUCCGUCAAUGGAAAAAUUCGUUAAAAAGGACGCGCUGUCAACAGCUAAACACCCGGCAUCACCAUCGUCGCCCGGUGUCACGAUGCCGGGUGAUGCGCGUCCGUAUUGUCUCCCUAUUUUUGUUCACCAAAAUCUUUUGUGAUUUUUAUUUUCUGUGUCGCACGCGUCUGUCCUUUGUGCGGAUACGAUAAGCGUAGUACGUGUCGGUUGCAGUACGUUGAGCAUUUAAUUUGUUGAUCGUGUUAGUUUUUCCCCGUAGUUAUUUCUUAUGAUAAGCCAGAUAAGGUACUAAUGCAAUGCAAUCGUCGGCAAUAAAAUUCUAGCGUGCCACAUG